AAGCUGAAGCCACCUCCACACCUUAUCAACAGACCACAAACAUAAUAAAACCCCCAAAAACUCUCCCAUUCUCGAAACCUAGAAACAAUAAGAAACAAUGGCGAAGAAAACCAUGGAUGUGGUGAAGGGUCUGGAUUUGCAGAGGUACAUGGGGCGCUGGUACGAGAUAGCCUCAUUUCCGUCAAGGUUUCAGCCCAAGAGUGGAGAGAACACGAGGGCUACCUACACUCUGAGAGAUGAUGGGACUGUGAACGUGCUCAAUGAGACUUGGACUGAUGGAAAAAGAGGCUUCAUAGAGGGCACUGCAUACAAGGCCGACCCCUCCAGCGAAGAGGCCAAACUCAAAGUGAAAUUCUACGUUCCUCCAUUUUUGCCCAUCAUCCCUGUUACUGGUGAUUACUGGGUUUUGUUUAUUGAUGAGGAUUAUCAGUAUGCUUUGAUUGGCCAGCCUAGCAGGAAUUACCUUUGGAUUUUAAGCAGGCAGCCUCGUCUUGAUGAUGAAAUUUACAACCAGCUAGUUCAAAGGGCCAAGGAUGAGGAAUAUGAUGUUAGCAAACUCCACAAGACACCACAGAGUGAGACUCCACCGGAAGGAGAAGAAGGCCCCAAAGACACCAAGGGCAUCUGGUGGUUCAAAUCCAUCCUGGGAAAGUAGACAGUUUCUGAUAGCAAUAGCAUAUUUGGGGUUUGAGGAUGUGUAGGUAUUUGUAAUAAGAAACACACAAAAAACCCUUUUGGCAACAUCAAUCAAGACUAGGGAGUGUCGUUUGUUAAUUUGUGUAUGUUUUAGUAGUUGUUUGUUGCAGAGUCGAGACUGUUUCUGUGUGCAUGCGAUGAACUCUGAAGAAGCCUAUUAGUAUUGAAAAUAUUCCUUCUGUUUGUUCCGUCCUACGUAAUUUGUACCUGUGGAUUUUGAAUGAUAUUUUGAUGAGAUCACUCUUUACUUAAAA